UCAAAACGGAUCAGUCAAGAGUCAAGACUCAACAGUUAUGGUAUCGCAUUGUUUUAGGAUUCCUUAAGCAUAUCUCCUCACGUUUUCAUAUCUUCCAUCACAAUUCCUUAUAAUUUAUGUCAAUUUCUCAUCUUUUCUCUCAAUAAUUUCUCCCCUUUUCCUGAAUUUCACACUGCCAAAAUCUGGUCUUCAUUAAAUUGAUUGAGUGGGAGAUCUGAGAAAUGGCAUCCAACGGAGAGAAGCAAUCAGGAACCAAGCCACCUCCACCCCCUUCUCCAUUAAGAAAUUCUAAAUUUUUUCAGUCAAACAUGAGAAUUUUGAUCACUGGAGGAGCAGGAUUUAUUGGCUCCCAUCUGGUGGAUAGAUUGAUGGAAAAUGAAAAGAAUGAGGUGAUUGUUGUUGAUAACUACUUUACUGGUUCAAAGGACAACCUUAGGAAAUGGAUUGGACACCCGAGGUUUGAGCUGAUCCGUCAUGAUGUUACAGAGCCAUUACUAAUAGAGGUUGAUCAGAUAUAUCACCUUGCAUGCCCUGCAUCGCCGAUAUUUUACAAGCACAACCCUGUUAAAACAAUCAAGACAAAUGUGAUGGGUACUUUGAACAUGCUAGGACUUGCCAAGCGUGUUGGAGCCAGGAUUUUGCUUACUUCAACAUCAGAGGUAUAUGGUGAUCCCCUUGUCCAUCCUCAACCUGAAACUUAUUGGGGAAAUGUUAACCCAAUUGGAGUUAGGAGCUGUUAUGACGAGGGAAAACGUGUAGCUGAAACCUUGAUGUUUGAUUAUCACAGGCAACACGGGAUUGAAAUUCGUGUAGCCCGAAUUUUCAAUACUUAUGGGCCUCGGAUGAACAUCGACGAUGGCCGUGUUGUCAGCAACUUCAUUGCUCAAGCACUUAGGGAUGAGCCACUGACAGUUCAGGCUCCUGGAACUCAGACUCGUAGUUUCUGUUUCGUGUCUGACAUGGUUGAUGGUCUGAUCAGACUGAUGGAAGGAGAGCACACUGGGCCAAUCAACAUUGGCAACCCUGGUGAAUUCACCAUGCUUGAACUUGCUGAGACUGUGAAAGAGCUGAUCAAUCCAGAUGUGAAGAUAAUCUCAGUGGAGAACACCCCUGAUGACCCAAGACAGAGGAAGCCAGAUAUCACAUCAGCCAAGGAAUUGCUUGGUUGGGAGCCAAAGGUGAAAUUAAGGGAAGGACUCCCGCUUAUGGAAGAAGACUUCCGCCUGAGGCUCGGAGUUCCCAAGAAAUGAAUAAGGCAACUUUGAGUCUUAUAGGAGGGGUGAAAAAUGGCGGAAUCUGUAAAAGAAAAGUUCGCGAAGUGAGCGUUUUUGUGAGUGUUUUUCAAAAGUAGAGGAUUGCUUUGUUCUUACCAUUUUGCUUUAUCCUUUGUGUCAAAAAUAAUUUAAGGGGACUGUUCCCCUAUUUUUUCAUUUUCGAUAUCAAUAUAUGAAGUUUUUCAUACCAAAUUUUCAUUGACA